CUGGCCCGACGUUGUCCGGACCGGAAGUGUUCUGUAUACGCUACACGCGCCCAACACGCACGUACGGCCGCGGCGCGUAAAUACAAUACACGUACAUCAUGUAUAUAUAUGUAUGUCCGUAAAUGGGCUAAUCGCGUACACAUCACGCAAAUCUAUCGUACUGGGAAUCGGGAAAUCUCGUUCGAGGUAUAGUCGUCGCGUACGAAAAAGAAAAAAUAAUAAUAAUCAAAUGUAUAUAUUUUUGACCGCGACGGUGAAAGUGCGGGAAUAGUGAUAUAUAUUAUAAUAUCUAUAUGGUAUGUUUUAUAUGCAUAUUAUAUAAAUAUAGUGAACGUACCAGUUCACCCAGUGCGUAAGUGUCUAAAAGAUUUUAUAUAAUACACGUGUCGUGCUUUUUUUUGCACCCCGCGAGAGUGGUGCGACCGUUUCCGGACGGACGUUUUAAACGCGCGCGCGGAGCCGGAAACGUUCGGUGCUGCAGAUCCUCCGAUCGCCAACUCGCACUCGUGUAGGUAUAUCAGUCCAGCCGUAGUGGUCUCGCCGCUACCGUUGGUCGAUCGGGAGGAUCGCGUGAUCGCAUUUACGUCGACGGGCGCAGCGAGGGGGACUUGUGCGAAAACGAAAAACAAAUAAAAAUAAAGGAGCGGAAAGACGAGCAAGUGAAAGAGAAAGAGAGAGAGAUAGAGUGAGAGAGAUAAAAAGGCGCAAACUUUACGCGGUCGGGCGCGAAUCGUGUGGUAUCGCACGCAUCAUGUCCAGGAGGAAACAGGCUACACCUCGUUCGCUCAGACAUGGAAAUCUUGACGCGGAAGACGUACUCGACGACGAAGACCUUAUGCCACCAUUGUCUCCUACAGGGUCUGGAAGUACGAAAAGCGAUGAAGACGAGGGAGACGAAGACGAUGAGGAAGAGUGCACCGUUGAUGACGAUGAUGAUGAUGAAGACGACGACGACGACUUGCAGUCGGUCAGCUCCACCGAGGGAUCAAACCACAGUCUGCUUUCCGAAGCACUGAGUGGCGCGGGCGAGGCGAGCACCGAAGAGGCAGCUUCGUCGUGGAGUUCGGCCGUAUCGGAGGACCACACGUCGCCGGACAGCUGCGCCACGAGCAACAGCCGGCCCGGUUCCACGGUCGACCACCGACGCGAUCGCCACAGCCGUCCGCCGUCGUACGCAACGGCCGGUGCCGCUGCCGCCGCUGCCGUCGCCGCUGUCACAGCCGCAGCGAACUCCACCGACGCCAACCCAUACGCAUGCCAAUACUGCGACAAGACGUUUCCCCGAGGCAGCUAUCUGAAAAAACACGAACAGACUCAUGGAGAAUCAAUGCCGUUCAAGUGUCAAUUCUGCCGGAGGCUGUUUAAACACAAGCGCAGCCGAGACCGGCACGUGAAAUUACACACGGGGGACAAGAAGUACAAGUGUACUCAAUGUGACCAUGCUUUUUCAAGGAGCGAUCACUUGAAGAUCCACAUGAAAACGCACGACAAUCAAAAACCGUUCCAGUGUACGGUUUGCAACAGAGGUUACAGCACAGCGGCCGCGCUCACGUCGCACAUGCAGAACCACCACAAACGGGCUGCGGAACGGGCAAACUCGCCGCAGAUAUCCGGCCCCUCGUACAAGUGUCUGCAGUGCACGCAGAUAUUCCGCAAACCCGACGAGCUUCAGAAUCACACUGCGACGCAUCAUCUUGGCGAGCAACUGUCGUCCAACUCCCGGAGCUCGAAACGUUCGACGCCGCCGAAAACGCCCAACCAGUAUAUUUGCAUGUACUGCACCAAAGAAGUGUCCAGCAUGGACGCGCUGCAACAACACUUCCAGACCAAACACUCCGCGAUCGUCAACGGCAAGCCGCAAGAGGACGUCUUCUCGGCCGUACCGCCGGCGGCCGCGUUCCCGUGGCUCAACUUUGCCGACUCGCCGGCCCUUGCCCUGCCACCGUACUCGUGCCGGUUGUGUAUGAGCCAAUUCCCGUCCGUCACUUCGUUACAAAAACACUUUACGACCGCCCACUAUCUGAGUUCCGUCCUCAACAACAACAUACAAAACACCAACAACAAUAACAACAAUAGCAACAGCAACAACAAUAAUAACACCAACGGCUGCAAAGGCGGAACCGGUGCGAUGCCCUUGUACAACUGGCCGGUAAUAACCGGAGCGAACGGAUACCAUAACCACAACCACCACCAGCGGCACUCCACGUCGGGCGGCGGUCUGUUGCCCGAGGAAACCGUUCAGACGGGUCCCACGGACUUGUCGCUGUCGUCGUCCAAGCACGGUGGCGGCGGUGGCAAGCACCAUCACUCGUCGUCGUCGGGCAAGCACAAGUCGGCCGACGACCAGCGGCACCACGCGACCAGCAAAAAGUCCCGUUCGUCGCCCAGCCGCGAUCCGUCGGCGACCGACCAGCGGCACAUAAAACAGGAACGCCACAACGCUUACGACGGCAAACACCAGCAACCGCAGCCGGCCCCGGCUCGACCGUCAUCGCAGAUCUCCGGCGUCCCCGGCCACAACAACAACAACAACAACAACAACAUCAUUCACGCCAACAACAACAAGAUCCAAUUGCCGUGUCCGCACUGCCAUCUGACGUUCGCGCUCUUCGAAGACUAUCAGCAGCAUGUCAUCGGACACUUUCUCAUGGCCGCCGCCGAGUACUCGUGCCAGGAGUGUUCCACUUCGUUCGCCACGUCCGAACACGUGCAGAAACAUCUGAUGGAAACGCACGCGCAGAACUUUUACCGGUGCAUGCUGUGCAAAGAAGUGUUCCCGACCAAGUCGGCCCUGAAGGUGCACUUCAGCAUGAACCACGGCAGCGAACACCGAAUGUUCCGCUGCAACAACUGCACGGGACUGUCCCGGCCGCUGUUCCAGACGGAAAUCGAGUUCAUCGAUCACCUGCGCAACGCCCAUUACUCCGCGAGAUCGCCACCGCCGGUCCAACCGAACUUGAUGCUUAGGUGUUUGGUAUGCCACGCUACGUUCAACACGCAGUCCGAUAUGGAACAACAUUUAGCUAGUCACUCCAAACAAUUCCAAUGCCAAUUUUGUUCGGAAGCGUUCCACAUCGAGUUUUUGUUGGACAGACACAUACAAACGCAUCACAGUUCGAGCAUUUUAAGUCACCUCAACCGGAACCACAGGGAAUCGCCAAAUUCCAUGUGUACGUCGCCCACGUACAUUUCCAGGACGUCGGACGGCGGUAAGCAUCCGACGGAAAACGGCACGAACGCGUGUGAUAUAUGCGAGAAAAAUGAUUUUCGAAACGAAUUGGACUUGAUUGCCCACAAAAGAACGAUGCACCAGGUGAAACCUACAAAUCUUUCUACAAAGGUGAGCUUACAUUGCGCAUAUUGUAACGAAAACUGCAAAUCGAGAACAGAGUUGGAGAACCACAUGAAGACGCAUUCACAACACGGCUCGAACGUCGGAAAACACAAGUGCAACAUUUGCGACGAAAUUUAUCAGUCCGCGAUCAGCUUAGCCGAACACAAACUCACUCAUUGCAAGGUAGCCACGAGUACCGUGUGUAGUCACUGCAAAAUGAUUAUUGACAACGAGGACCAGUUCCAUCAACACCUCCUGAAGCACUGCAAUCCGGCGAACGCGAACGGCGGCCAAGUGGCGUUCCCCACGUCGUGCAUAAUAUGCAGGCAAACGCUCGUCUCAGACAUCGAAGUGAAGGUGCACGUGCACUAUCACCUGUCCCGGCUCAAAGAAUCUCCGGCCGUGUGCGGAAACUGCAACCGGUACAAGCGGUCAGCGUCGUCGCCGUGCGCCGGCUGCAACCCGGCCAGAAACAGUGCGGCGGAACGAUGUCCCGACUGCGGUGCGGCGUUCGACGCUUUCGGCACGCUGCAACACCACCUGACUACCGUCCACAGGAAACCGUUUCACUGUUUCAAGUGCAAGAUCGGUUUCGAGUCGCAACAGGAAGCCACGAUCCAUUUGGGCACGCACCUGGCCACGCUCAACGGUUCCGUGGACGGCAUCGAGUGCGGCCUGUGUCCGUGCGUGCUGCCCACGGCCAACAGUCUCCAGACGCACCUGAUCGAGCACACGUUCGCCGGCUGCAAGGCGUUCACGUGCUACCUGUGCUCGGCCAUAUUCACCGCACCCACCGGUCUCCAGGCGCACAUGACCGUCGACCACUCGGCCGAAACGCCGCCGUACGACUGCCCGAGGCCCGGGUGUCAGGCCAAGUUCUUCUUCACCGCCGAGCUGGACCGGCACACGCUCGAGCACCAGGGACAAGACGUCCUGGCCAACAUGAAUUUCUACAAGUACCAAAACAAGCUUAUGUCCAUCUGCGAAAAACUGUCGUUCAAGUGCGCCGAGUGCUAUCAGAGCUUCUUGACACAAGCCGACUUACAGUGUCACGUGUACGACCACCAUCGGCCACAGAAAGACGCACCGCUGCCAGAACCGAUAGACGUCAAACAAGAAAUGAGCGGUGUUAACGGUAACGCGGAAACACGGCCUUUGGACGGAUGCGAACGGUCCGAGAAUCCGAUCAAAGUGGAGGAAGACGGGGACGAGGUGAGUGUGAAAACGGAACACCGCGAAAGAGACGACGACGACGACGAAGAGAUGAUUGACGUGGGAGAGAACAACCGCGAUGAGCUGAAGUCGGGUGAAGAAGAAGAUGACGCGGAUAUGCAUUGACGGGGUGUGUAAUGCCUCGGGGCUAUAUCAUGGUCGACGCUCAAGAUGGGAUCGUAAAAAAAACCUAAAUCUUUUCGUUGUUAUUUUUAAACCAAAUUAAAAAAAAAAAAAAAUUAUCUCAGAACGUAUUAAGACGAAAAUCGGAAAUGACGAUUGUCCCGAACCCGUUUCUUUUAUAAUAUUAUGUUUCACCGUCGUGAUGACACGAAUACGAUUAUUAUUAUUAUUAUUAUUAUUAUUAUUAUUAUUAUUAUGAUUAUUGUUUAUUAUUAUUGUUAUACACACGCGCAAAUGAUACGCAUGAUAUUAGAGUAUAUUGUUUUAAUGAGUAAAUUCGUAUUAUUGUUAUUAUUAUUAUUAUUAUAAGUAGUAGUAGUAUUAUAAUACACGUAAUAUACCGCGUGUUCUGUUUAUAUUAUUAUUAUUAUUAUUAUUGUAUACGUUGUAUUUACGAUGAAUAAUGCACACACAUUUAAAGUUUUAGGUGGUGAAAUAUUAUUAUUAUUAUUAUUAUGACCUCGUCGAGGAAUGAAUUAUUUUCGAAAUAAAUUGUGUUAUCACUACCUUUUCGUACGUACAUAUUAAUACUUUUAGCGUUAUUGUUCAUAUUAUACAUUAUAUUAAACAAGUUUUACAUUUUUAACGAUACUUAUUAGCUUAUUAUAUUAUUAUUUAAAGUCUUAUAGGAUUUAUGUUUAUGUUAAUCGAUUCAUAUAGAUAUUCUGUUGUUUUAUUUUAUUUUUUAUUGUACAAAUAUCAUUACAGCUCUAUUAUAUGAAAAACACAUGUGUAUAUAUAUAUAAUGAUAAUGUCUUUAAGGGUUAUGGCUAUUUCUUAUGGUUAACAAUAUUUUGUUUUUAUUUUAUUUUAACUUUAAUUGUGAUACUAUUUUAUCAAAACGGUUUUUAUUAUAUACACACCGUAUUUUUC